GUCGAUGUCAGCAGCGCGGGCUACGACUUCAUCUUCCGCCAUCGCCGAGAUCCUCGCCAAGCUCGACUCCAUCAUGAUAUCUCUACCGGCAACCUCAUCAGCCGCGACGACAAUGGCAUCACUGACCGUUUUGGCAUCCGCACCACCGUUGUUUGUACUUCAAGCACCUCCGACCUCGCCAUCCCCUGCCACAACGUUCGCAACUGCGCCCCCUUCAUGGACAUCAGUGCUGUCGAUAACACCGGCACCUUCUGUAACUACUUUGCCUGCAGCAGCCACAACAUCAUCAGCUCUACCAACGGCAGUCGCUGCAGCACAAGCACCAGGGAAAGUCGAGACGGAUGCACCAGCAGCCUUGACGGCCACUGCAACACCUUCACGGGUCUCAGCAACACUGCUAGUACCGCAUUUGCCGAUGGCAUCUGUGGUUGCUGCUCUGCUGGCAACCGCACCUGAACCAGCAAUCGGCCAAUGCGACAGCACCAGUAUCCUCUUCCCGACUAUUGUAACAGCACCUCUGCCUACAUCAGCGCCAUCUCAGCCACCGUUGGAGGCAGCUACGGUGUGGGAUCCCCUCCGCAACCACUGGUGGACCUGCCUCCCUCAAUGGUCGUUACAUUUUCCGCAUCGACCCACUCACCAGCAGCUCCAACAACAGCCACGAUCGUGCCAACAGACGCGCACCAACAUAUCUGCCACCCAUGACUAUGAUGGCUCCACCUGCGAUUGCAGCACCAGGCACAACGCCGGCAAUCUCGGUGCUGUUGGCCUCCACUGUACCACAUGUGACAUCAGCGCUCCCAUCAGCAUCGACGCACACAAGGGGCCACUAUUGUCUCUGUACGUGGCACCGGCUCCUUCUCUGGACUUCUGCGCGUCAACGGCCGCUUGGAUUCCGCCUCCAGUAUAGCCAGGCUCUGCCCCCAUGGCGGCGCGUGCUCCAGCCACCGCACCGAUAGCUGAAACAGAGGAGGCACUCGUUGCCACGCUGUUGCGCUCGUCUUUGCAAGCGAGCACCAUGCUGGUUCGUAUCCCAUGCGUCACCGCCCAACAGGAGUCCCCCGUCAGCGCGGCUACAUUUUGCAUCCAUAUAUGUGCAUGAUCCAGCUGCGACAACAUCUUCAGAAAAGCCAUCUGCCUCCCCGCGGCUCACUCGGGCGCCCUGCUUUUUCUUAAGAUAAUGGAAAUCAUCCGGC